AUGGCCAACGCCUCCCGCGAGCAGAUGUCCUACACCAUCGACUUCCUCGGCGUCCACACGCCCCAGGCCCUCGAGCUGCUGUCCGACUCGGUCCUCAACCCGGCCUUUGAAGAUUACGAGGUUGAGGAGCAGAAGGCCCGCCUCGCUGCGGUGUUGUCGUCGCCGGCCGUGCAGACGACGAUGCUGACGGAGUUGCUCGUGCGCGGCGCGUACGAGGGCGGCCUGGCCAAGCCGCUGAUCCCUGACCCGGCCGCGCUGGAGCACCUGACGCCGGACGUACUGCUGGGGUUCAUGCGGCGGCAGUACCUCGCGCCGCGCGUCGUGCUGGCGGGCGCGGGCAUAGAUCACGGGCAGCUGGUGGAUCUGGCGGCGCCGAUGUUUGAGGCGCUUCCCAGCGGCGGCAGCAGCAGCGGCGGCGGCGGCGGCGGCGGGGCCGAGCCUGGCAGCCGGUACGUGGGCUGCCACGCGGUGAUCCCUGGGUCGGCGCCUGAGGCAAACCUGAUACUGGCGUUUGAGUACGCGGGCGGCUGGCAGGACAUCCAGGGCUCUGUUGUGAUGACGGUGCUGACGUACCUCAUGGGCGGCGGCAACAGCUUCAGCAGCGGGGGCCCGGGCAAGGGCAUGCACAGCCGCCUCUACACGCGCGUGCUCAACCAAUACCACUGGGUCCACUCCUGCUCCGCGUUUGCCAACACCUUCAACUCCAGCGGCCUCCUGGGCAUCCAGGCCUCGUCCGAGCCGCAGCAGGCGCGGCCCAUGCUGGACGUCAUGUGCCGCGAGCUGGAGGCGCUCGCGACGCCGCCGCCGCAGGAGCAGCUCGAGCGGGCGAAGAAGAUGAGCGUGAGCCUCAUACACAACGCGCUGGAGUCGAAGAGCGCGAGCGCGGAGGACAUUGGGCGGCAGUUCCUCACGUACGGGCAUAGGAUCAGCGGCCGCGAGUACGUGGCAAUGAUCGAGGCCGUCACCCCACAGAUGAUCUCAGACUUUGUGCGGCAGCUGCUCUCCUCCAAGCCCAGCCUCGCGGCGUUUGGGGACGGCGCGGAGGGCGUCAGCUACGACCAGCUGCUGGCGCGGUACGGCCGGCACCCGCAGCAGGGCGCAGUGGGGGGCGGCGGCGGCGGCGGCGUGUUUUCGCGUCUGUUUGGGCGUGCAGGGACGGCGGCGGCGCUCGGACACGGGUGA